GGCACUCAAAGCUGGGUUUUCCAGUCGCACUAUGAGAGCUGCACUAUUCGGAUCGUGGUUCUGGCUGGGAUUGGGCUUGGGACUGCUCUUGGUCGGCGAUUCCGGCGUGGUUUUUGCCAAGCGGUUCCUGCGCUGCGAACUGGCCCGCAAGCUGCUCGAGCAGCAUGGCUUCGAACGAAGUCUGCUUUCCAAUUGGAUCUGCUUGCUGGAGCACGAGAGCGAACUGGAGACCAGCAGAACCACCUCGAAUCCCAAUGGAUCGCGGAACUACGGACUGUUCCAGAUCAACAGCAGAUUCUGUCAAGAGGGACGGCGCGGCGGCACCUGCAAUGUCAAGUGCGAAGAUCUUCUGGAGGAAAAUUUGAGGGAGUCGGCAGCUUGUGCCAAGCGCAUUCAGACUUCGGACGGGUUUCGCCACUGGGCGGGAUGGCAGCGGUACUGCCGUAACACCCAGAACCUGCCUAAUCUUAAAGUCAUCUGUGGGAUUUAGGAAGCAAUUGCGGAUUCCAUGGGUUGUACAGAGCUUGCCUGUUUAAGAUUAAGCUUUGUAAUGGGUUUCCGUUACAAAUUCGAUUAUGGCUAAACGAAUAGCUAAAAAUGCGACGCAAACUGAAUUUUUUAUUUAAGACAAAUAAUAAAUAAACACAAAAAUAAUUGGAAAGUACAAUAUUA